AACCACACAACAUGGUAGCGUACCGCUGGCAGUCGAUCCGAGUCAAGUCCAAUCGGAACGCUAGCUACUCCCGACUUCCACUUCUCGUUUGACUAUCGGUAAGCCUACUAGCUUCCGUAGAUAACUUCCCCCUUCAUCUGUAAUGGGAUAGGCAGAGCAGGGAAGUGAUCUCAUCCAAGUUAGGUGGACCUCAUUAGGAUUCAUGCGAAAGAAAUGAACCCAAUUGCCACAAAAACCAUCUUGGAAGGAGAUCCUCCACAGCAGCAGCCACAAUGAUGAUCCCAUCGUUUCCGUACGGCCGUCAGGUUCUCUUUCCCAUUUUGCUAUCCACUUGCGCGACGUGUUGCUUGGGCUAUGCGGUCUUGGAUUGCAACUUUGUGGAGAUUACACAUGAUUCGUUCGAACGCAAUCUACGCGGUGUCUCGGUUGGCUUUUGGCAGACCAUGGAUGAACUCAAUAAUCAUCGUCAUGGAAACAACUACUACGACGAGGGGAGACAAUGUGUUCAUUGGACGUCGGAACAAACCAAGACAUUUGAUGCGCUCUGGAAUUACGGCCGAUACAGUGGAGCCUUGUGCUUUGUCGUGAGUGUACUGGUGACAUUGAUACUGACUCUGACCAUGUGGUGUCAACUGUCCCCGUGCAUGGAAGAAUUCCUGGGGAUGACCCAGUUGAUCUUGUCCCUUGCUUCCGGGAUGCUGGUCCUGGCAGCCCUGCAAUCGACCAUGUGCCACGAAUUUGACUGCUGGGUGGAUGUCGGCGCUAUCUUGGCCAUGACCGCUUCUGCCAUUGAGCUGUUUUGUGGUUGUAUGACCUUGAGUUUAGGAUUUGCACCCUCCAGGUCAUGGCAAAAGCAGCAUGGCAUGAAGACUAAUGCUAUGCUUGAGAGACCAACCGAACCAACAGAGACGUUUGCUGAAGAAGAGCCAUGAGCGACGCAGACAUGCGUCUUUCCAGUGUUUUGUUCGAGCGUCUUCGAUGUCAUGUUCGAGCAGAAGUACGAUACCCAUUGACUGACCCCUCGUGUACCAUAGCUAAAGAUACCGUAGUGCAACGGUUCUCCCCUCCCAGCUCUUGUCGAUAUUUUAGGGAGU